CACAUACAUUACUCGUCAUCCCCUUUUUGUGUUCACACUUCUGUUUCUUUUUCUUUCGUUUAAUUUUAUUUAAUUUCUCUCUCCUCGUUCUCCCUCUCUCUCUCCUCGUUCUCCCUCUCUCUCUCUCUUUCUCACUAUAAAUAGGCUAAAACAGAGAGAGAGAGAGAGAUAGAGAGAUAAAUAAAGGAAUAAAUCGAAGUAGUGGUGGCGGUGGAAAUGGCCUCCUUCAGGGGGUUUUCUGUUGUGAUGACGAUGGUGCUCACGGUGGUUCUAGGUGGUUGUUGCGUCGGAGGACACGGCGUCGUUAUUGGUCCCACUGAGGAAUUGGGCAUCUGUGCUUCUGCUGUUACCAUUUAUGGCUAUAAGUGCCAAGAAAUUCAGGUUACAACGAAAGAUGGAUACAUUUUGAGCGUGCAAAGAAUCUCGGAAGGUCGUCGUGGAAAUGGUGGUAAAAGCAAGAAGCAGCCGGUCAUUAUACAGCAUGGUGUGCUUGUGGACGGAGUAACAUGGCUAUUGAAUUCGCCGGAACAAAACCUGCCAAUGAUACUUGCUGAUGAUGGGUACGAUGUUUGGAUCGCAAAUACUCGAGGCACUCGGUUCAGCCGCCGACAUACCACGCUGAACCCAACCGACCAAGCUUUCUGGAAUUGGUCUUGGGACGAGCUGGUACUCUAUGAUCUUCCCGCAGUUUUCGACCAUGUUUUUCAACAAACUUCUCAGAAGAUCCACUACGUUGGUCAUUCACUAGGAACACUAAUAGUACUAGCCUCAUUGUCGGAAGGGAAGUUGGUGAACCAAUUGCAUUCCGUGGCAUUCUUGAGCCCAAUCGCAUAUCUCAGCCACAUGACUACCCCUAUUGGUGUCCUUGCUGCCCGAUCACUUCUCCCCGAGAAGGUUUACGGGCUGUUGGGUAUUGCAGAGUUCAAUCCAAAAGGGAAGGAAGUGGGGGAACUUCUGAAAGUUUGGUGCACUCACCCAGGAGUCAAUUGCUACGAUUUGUUAUCUGCUUUCACUGGACAUAAUUGUUGUCUCAAUUCAUCUACCGUUGAACUCUUUCUGAAGAACGAACCUCAAUCAACAUCGACAAAGAACAUGGUUCACUUAGCCCAAACUGUUAGAAGUGGAGUAUUGGCAAAAUACAAUUAUGGGAGAACAGACUACAACUUGAUGCACUAUGGAGAAAUCAAUCCCCCAUUAUACAAUCUCUCCAACAUUCCACAUGACCUCGCCAUUUUCAUCAGCUAUGGCGGUCGAGACGCCCUCUCUGAUGUGAAAGACGUCAACCGCCUCCUCGACCAUUUCAAGCUUCAUGACGUUGACAAGUUCGCCGUCCAGUUCAUCCAGAACUAUGCCCAUGCUGAUUACAUCAUGGGGGUUGACGCCAACAACAUUGUUUACAAUUCUGUCAUUUCCUUCUUUAAGAAGCAUGGUUCAGUCUAAAUUGGCUUUGGUUUCAAUUUUGGAAGAACUAUAUGACAAGAACCGGGGUUCAUAUCACGGUAGCGAGAAGAGUUGAUUUAUGAGCCUCUGUGUUCUACAACGUUAAAACUGCUGUCUUUCAUAAUAUAUGUUAAUUUUAAAUAAUGCAAUAGAUAAUAAUUUGCAGUUUUAAGUA